CACUGUCAAGUUUCUUCAAGUUUGUAAAGUGAAAUGUAAUUCAUUGCCAAAGUAAACGCAGCCAAGUGUUAGUUUAAAGAAAAUGAAAUUAGAUUAAAGUUAAAUCUUAUAAUAGUUGAAAUAUAUGUAUAAAAAAAAUGGUUGUUGUCGCGAAGGAUUUAAUGUCAAGAAAAUCUUUAUCUAUAUUAAAUAUUAAUUAUCGUUACCAACUAUUUGCGGCAUUAACGGUACAAUUGAUUACAUUUACUCAUGGCAUAUCCACCGGUUGGCUAUCGCCCACACUCUUCCAUCUUCAGAACGAUCAUACGUCACCGGACUUCACUUUAACUGUGACAGAGAUUUCGUGGAUUGGUUCGUUGUUCGGUUUGGGAUCUUUGUUGGGUAAUAUUAUGUUUGGAGUUUUACUUGAUCGUAUUGGUAGAAAAUGGUGCAUGUAUAUGUUAGCAUUACCAGUCAUUUGCGCUUGGUUUUUAAUAUACUUUGCUAAAACUCACGUUUACUUGUACGUAGCUCGUUUCUUGAUUGGGAUAACUGGUGGCGGAAAUUAUGUUGUUGUACCGAUCUUUAUAAGUGAAAUUGCCGAUCCGAGCAUACGUGGUGCCUUAUCGUCAAUGGCUAUGCUUAUGUUAAGCUUUGGUAUUCUAGCUGGCUACAUAAUGUCAACCUAUUUGGAUUAUUAUGUAAAUCCUUUCAUCAUCGUAAUCUUUCCAUUGCUGUAUCUAAUAGCGGUCACACAAUUUCCCGAGACUCCGCAACAUUUGCUAAGAAAGCAUAAAAUAUCCGAUGCAAGAGAGUCUUUUAAAUUCUACAGAAAUAUGCCGAAGACAAUAGAAGCGAACUCAUUGCCGGAGUUGCGGACAGCUUUUGAAGAACUAAAGGAUAACAUAUUGAAGGCUAAUGGAAAAUCAGAAAAGCUUCAAGUAGAUGAUUUUUUUAACAAGGAGGCUUUAAGAGCCUUCUUUACGGCAAUUAUGCUGGUGUCGUUGAAUCAAUUAUCCGGAAGUUUUGCUAUUGUAAAUUAUCUUUCGGAUAUUUUCGCUCAUACCGGUACCGAUAUUGAUCCGAACACGUGUACCAUAAUAAUGGGUGUAGUGCAGAUAUUUGGCACAUGUUUUUCGAUGAUUGUUGUUGAUCGAGUAGGCCGUAAAGUGUUAUUGCUGGCCUCAGCUGGUGGCACAGCAUUGAGUUAUACCAGUUUUGGUAUUUACGUCAAGUUUGCCAGUUCGGAAAUUAAAUUGCAAUACAAUUGGCUGCCUUUGGUGAUUAUGACAUUCGUUAUAUUUUCAACAAGUAUUGGUCUACUGGCUCAAGUAUUUACAGUUAUAGUGGAAACAUUACCGAUUAAGGUUCGUUCAGCUGGUACGUCUUUCUCUAUGGCUGCAUUAAGUUGUAUGGUUUUUGUCGCACUAAAACUUUUUCCGGAAUUAAUGGAAAAAUAUGGUUUAGAUAAUUUAAUGUUUGGCUGCACUGCGAUUUGCGUGGUCGGCUUUUUAUAUGUAUUAAUAUUUCUUAAGGAAACCAAAGGUAAAUUGUUAGAUAAAUAA